AUGGAGGAUGAAUUGAUAACUUACUUGUUUCCUGAUAUCAAUGCUGUCAGAUAUUUCCAGAAAGAGUUCGAAAACCUGGAGGAGUUCCACAUUAUUGAACAGACCAAGUCUUCUGGUUUCGAUAUUUACUUAGUUGAGCAAUGGGCUAAUAAUAGAAAUAUUGGAAGUUUGAUCUCCACUUACACAGGUAACUUGAACAAUGAAAUCAAUAUCAUCAAAUUGACUAUAAGAAAGCUACCUUCAAAAAGGUACCCCAUGCGUUUUCAAGAGUACUUGAAUGAGUUGAUGGUGAAUCAUGCUAAGAUCAAGUACAUGAAUAGCGAGGAAACAGAGAUUUUAUUCAUAACUAAUAUCACUUCAUUACCUUCAAAUUUGAGUUUAAUCCCUAUUUUGAACGGAGACUAUAAAUCUAUAGAAGAUAAUUUCAUAAUAAACUCAAAUCUUAAGAAACUUCAAUGCAGUGGAAGAUCCAUCUCCUUGAUAACGUCCAAAAUAUCGGACGCAAAUGAAGAUAAGUUCAGGCAAAUGUACAAAAUCUAUAAUUUGAAUAUACCGAUAAAGUUUGCCAUAAAAGAACUCAUCAACCUCAUUCAAACAAGUUUAUUUUACUUCGAUUUACUAGAUAUCAGAUACUGUGAUGGUUUCUUGUGCAACAAAACUGAGGAUGCUAUAGUGACUUGGUGGAACUUGAUAGGACUUCCACACUUCAAUAUCAAGCCCCCCGGAAUAUUACCUUCGAGAACUGUUGCUGCAAUUGUCAGUACUGUGCUUAGUGUGAAAAUCAGAUUACAGAUCUUUGGAGGUUGUGACGUUCCCAAAGAUCCCUUUGACGUCGAAAACUUCAUGAUCUCAAUUGGCGAAUUCCAAAGACAAGUCAAGUUGGAUAAAACCAGGAAACUUGACUUGGAAACCUUUCACAAGCUCAUAUAUAUUACCAAUGACAAGCUCAAGUUACCCAACAUUGACAAAAAAUCGUCAUAUACUAAUGAAAUAAGAAAGUUGACAAGUGCUGUAAAGAACACCGUCCAGGACAGAAUUUAUGAUGAUCCAAAAUUUGAAUACAAUAUUGAGACUCUAGACUUAGAAGCGUUAGUAGGCUUUUUGUUGGGAAAAUCUUUGAAGAGGUUGUGGUAUGGCUCAGACAGACAUGGCCCCAUAAAUCAGGAAAAUUCGACUCACCACAGUAACGGGAAACCUUUACAUCACCAUCACCAUCACCGGGAGCAUAUUCAUGCAAGAAGCGAUAAUGCAUCGGUUGAUCACCGUAAUCAUCCUCAGAAGCAUUACGACUAUCAAGACGAGUACAAGUUCGUCAGUUUAAAGGACUCGAUAAGAAGAAAUCAGAGAAUUCAUUACGACAAGAAGGGCUUGAACAGAAUGAAGUUGGGGCGUUAUAACAAACAGAAGUUAGAUUUGAACCACCAAGUCUCUCAUCAGCAUUUGAAUUUGACCGGGUUGUCGAAAGUUGAUCAAUUAUUACAAAUUGAAGAUAAAUUUGAUAAGCAAUCGAUCGCCGCGUCUAGAGAUUCCCCUAGCGUUUGUGACUUGAAAGACUCUGUUGUGUGUAAUGUUAAUACGGAAUUGAACAGGAGGAACUCAUUCCCUUCAAAUGAUCUAAACUUGAAUAAACUUUUGAACAGCGAAUACGAAAGGCAUCAAAUCAAGAGAAACCCCAGUUUUUCUUUAGAAAACAUGGACAGAGACUCCAAUGAAACUUUUAAAACCGUAUCAUCCAAAUACUUUUCUGUCAUGUCCAAUUUACAAGAACUAGACAAAAUAAAAAAUUCUAUACAGCAUGAGAAGUUCUACCUGAAUUACACGAGGCUCAAUAGGGAUUUGGAAAAGCUUAGAGUGAAUCACAAUUUAUUAGACAAUAGUAAGACAGGCUUAUUGAAUCAGGAUUUGCCUAACAUCCUCGAAUUCAAUAUGAGUAAUUUAUCGACAAAUUUGGAUAGAUUGGUAUACGAAUCAAGAAUUAUAAUUAAAAGAGUAAACGAUUUGGAAUCAGAGUGUAAGACUUUGAAAAGUAAAUUGAACGAUAAUUUGUUGAACAAAUUGUCAACCACCAUCAAUAAUUUAUUGUAUCUGAAUAAGUUCAAUAGAGUGUUCGAAAGUUCAGAGAGAGACGAGUUAAUUUUGAAGUUGACUAAUAAUGACGAAGAAGUCUUGGAUAUAGUUAAACAUAAGGAUAAUGAAAUUCCAACCACAUAUUUGAGGGUACUUAUAACAUUCAUCUGGGAUAUGAUUUUUUUUAUUUUAGAGUUAUUCAAAUUUGACAGGUCAAAAAUGAAUUUGGAUAGAAUCAGACAAAACUGGGGGAAAUUGGAUCCUAAUAGAAAAUACAUUGAGCGAGCUUAUGACUUCGUGGGGUAUGAUUCGAAGGCUUCGAUAUAG